AUGUUUUUCAACAGGAUAAAGAAUCUUACCGGAUUAAAAUCAUUAAAUAUCGCAAGAAUGACUACUACAACUAUAAAGCCAAAAGUUUUAAGAAUAGGUGAAAUCGAUUUUGCUCACCAAAAGUGGAAGGAGUUAUCUGACGUAGUCGAAGUGGUUAAAUGUGAAUCAUCCAAUAGAGAGGAAUUUUUCAAAGAUUUAAAAACCAAAUACCUGGACAUAACAAAUAUCACUAGAUCGUUUGCUAGUAUUGAUCAAACAGGUAGAUUUGACGAAGAAUUAGUAAGCCAUUUGCCAGAAAGUGUUAAGGCCGUAAGUCAUUGCGGUGCAGGGUACGAUCAAAUAGAUGUCGAGCCAUUUUCCAAUAGAAAGAUACAAUUAUCAAAUGUCACUACUCCCGUUGAAGCUCCAACUGCUGAUGUCGCUGUCUUUUUAAUUUUGUCUACCUUAAGAAACUUUCAGGUAGGACAUGAUUUAACGGUGCAAGGAAAAUGGCCUAGUGGGGGGAAAUGCGCUGGUGCAGCAUUAGGACACGAACCUCUGAGCCAAACCGUUGGUAUCUUCGGCAUGGGUGGUAUUGGAAGAGCAAUUAGAGACAGAUUAAAGCCAUUUGGAUUCAAGAAAAUCAUCUAUCACAAUCGUAGUCAAUUAUCUCCUGAAUUGGAAGGGGGUGCAACUUACGUCACUUUCGAUCAAUUAUUGAGUGAGAGUGAUGUCAUUUGUAUUAGUAUUCCAUUAAAUGCCAAAACCAAGCAUUCUAUCAAUGGCGACACUAUCAGCCAAAUGAAGGAUGAUGUCGUUAUCGUCAACACUGCUAGAGGUGCCAUUAUCCACGAAGCCGAAUUGCUUCAAAGCUUGAAAUCCGGUAAAGUGGGUGCCUUUGGCUCCGACGUGUUUGAAUUUGAACCAGAAGUUUCCCAGGAAUUACUCGACUUACCUAAUGUAGUUAGUCUUCCACACAUGGGUACACAUACUUACGAAUCUAUUCAGAAUAUGGAAGAAUUUGUGAUCGCUAAUGUUUUCGACCAUUUGUACACUGGUAAAGUAAAGACCAUCGUUCCGGAACAAUACAACUUACAAUUCGAUGAAACCCCAUUGCUUAAAAAAGCAUCCGGCUGA